GGAAGCACAGUCUCCGGGAUUUCCUCUGAGAUGUGCGAAUAUAAGCGCUGUGUUGAUGAGCGGUGCACUGUAUUCAUAACCGGACAUUUUGUUGUUUGACAUCUUUGACCACAUCAAUCUGUGAUAAUGGCUCAUAGGAAGUUAUCUGUAAGCGUACGCUGCCAGAUUGGAGUGGACUUCUUUGAGUUCCUGAGGGAGAGUGACCGAGCAUCCAUCACCGACAGACUGGAGCUGAGAGACAUCUACAACAAUGAGUUCAGGAGCAGAAACCCAGGGACCAAAGAUCCAAACUUUGGGUCAGUCCUCUAUGCCCUGAAGACGUCCAACAAAGUAACAAGACGGAGAGACACUAUUCGCUUCAACACAACGGUCACAGCUCUUUUUAUGGACCAGUGGCAUUCACCGAGGGGCCAACGGCCAGAGCCUGUGCAGAAUGGAGCGGCCAGUCCCGGGAUAGUCACCUCCGGAGAUCAAGCAGAGUCGGGAGUUCGAGCCCGGAGGAGACUGGCCAAUCUUCUGAUGAAGAAACUGAAGACAGACAGGGCUCAGUUCACCUCCGACAAACAUGGUAUCCACAUCGACUCCGACCAGCCGUUUGAAAACGGGAAACUUUCCUUGCAGGUGGACGGCACAUGUGAGUGUGUGGUAAAUCUGAACGUGACAAACACAGGAAAAGAACCGAUAUAUUUCACUUACUACACCCCACUGCACUGGCUCAAGGACCUCAUUCUGAGCGAUGAGCGCAGUGUGACCAAGGCAAACCCUCUGUGUCUACAACCAGGUGACACCUAUGGAAUCCAGGUUAACUUCUGCUGCAGUGUGGUUGGUUUCUAUCCAGCCACACUGGCCUUUGAAUUCAAACCAGACCUGCAGCCUUCCUCCACUGCCUUCCACAUUGUGCGCUUCAUUGAGACUCAGUGUAUAACUGCCUUGGGGCGUGAGCUGGCGCCUAUAGCACCCUACAAACCCAGCUCCCUCCCUGCUUGGACCCCAGAAAAUGAUUUCACCAUUGAGGAUGGACAGCGACCUGAAGGGCUGUCAGUGAUGCAGCUAAAAAAUGCGAUCGAGCUGAAACAGUAUCGAAUACCAGCAUACAUGAACCAGCUCAUCCAGUCAUUGAAGCAGCCGGCAUACUUCAGCGACAGAAGAAGGGCCUUGCUGGAGAGUCCCCUGAGCUGGGAGAACUACUCUGAGAAGUUUCAGCUGCUGCUGUACCUGGAGGAGCUCCAGAUGGAGGUGGACAUCAGGAGGUACAACAUCCCCAACGGUGAAAAAGAACACGCCACCAUGGACAUAGAUCCGGCCAACAAGAAACUUCUCAUUCUGAAGGUACCGGGUGUGUCUGAGAACCGUCCGUCUGUGCUGCGAGGGGAUACACUGCUGGCGUAUCCCUCAGAAGAAAAAGAGGUGAAGUACCGCGGCCACGUCCACAGCGUGCGGCUGGACGAGGUCAAACUCAGCUUCAGCCCAAAAUUGCUGGGUCGCUUUGUGGACAACAUGAAGUUCAAUGUUGAGUUCGUUGUCAACCGCCUGACUCUGCGCGUUCAGCACAGAGCAGCAGAGCUGGCAGUUGCAUUCAGACUGGGAGAGGUGUUGUUCCCUGCUGCACCCGCUGACUCUCACCAACCUGAGCUUCCCCGACUCAGGCUGUUUGACUACAAGCUGGAGCGAAACCCUGAGCAGUAUCAGGCUGUCCAACACAUCGUCGCUGGUUCGUCCAAACCUGCGCCUUACCUGGUGUUUGGCCCACCUGGAACAGGGAAAACUGUGACUCUCGUGGAGGCCAUCAAGCAGAUAGAGAAGACCCAGCCCUCCUGCCACAUCCUGGCCUGCGCUCCCUCCAACAGCGCUGCUGAUCUGCUCUGCAAGAAGAUUCGCGAACACGUGGACGAGCAUAAAGUGUUCCGCAUGUACGCAAGCAGCAGGGACCCAGGCUAUGUCCCUGAAGAACUGAAGGCAUGCUCUAACCUGGUAGGAGACUGUUACCUUUUUCCUGCUAAAGAGAAGCUGAUGGAGUAUAAGAUCAUGGUCACCACCCUGUUAACAGCUGGAAGGCUGGUCACAGGAGACAUUCCCGAUGGUCAUUUCACUCAUGUGUUUGUGGACGAGGCGGGACACGCUGUGGAGACUGAAUGUUUAGUCCCACUGGCAGGGCUGCUCGAUGCACAGUCUGGUCAGGUUGUUCUGGCAGGAGACCCCAAGCAGCUCGGACCCAUUCUCAGAUCCCCCUUUGCACUGAAAUACGGCAUGGGAGUGUCCCUCCUGGAGCGCAUGAUGAACGAUUUCCCUCUGUACCAGAAGGACGAGGGCGAGUUCGACAAUCGCUUUGUCACCAAACUGCUGCGCAACUACAGAUCCCAUCCUGCCAUUCUGAAGAUUCCCAACGAGCUCUUCUAUGACGGAGAGCUGCAGUGUUGCGCAGAUGAAAUAUUACGCAACUCCUACUGUGGAUGGGAGUACCUCAAGAACAAGAACUUCCCGCUGAUCUUCCAUGGCGUGACCGGUCUCGACGACCGUGAGGCAAACAGUCCCUCCUUCUUCAACAUAGCAGAGGUGGAGGUGCUGAUGGGCUAUGUGAGGAAACUGCUGGAGACACAAGGGAAGAAGGGCCACAGCACCAUCUCACCCAGAGACAUAGGCAUCAUCGCCCCCUACAGGAAACAGGUGCAGAAAAUCCGCAGGGCCCUGGAGAAAGUUGGGAAAGACUUUAAAUUUAAGGACAUGAACACACUGAAGGUUGGUUCAGUGGAGGAGUUCCAAGGUCAGGAGAGGAGAGUGAUCAUGGUGUCUACAGUCCGGAGCAGCCCCAAUUACAUAGAGAUAGACAAGCAGUUCAACCUCGGCUUUGUCAAGAAUGAGAAGAGAUUCAACGUGGCUGUGACUCGAGCUAAAGCCCUGCUGAUUGUGGUGGGAAACCCCAGAGUGCUAAACACAGAUCCUACCUGGGGCCGGUUCAUCCAGUACUGUCGAGAGGAAGGAGGUUACACUGGUUACGAGCAUUUCGAGGAAGACGAGGACGUGGUGGCCAGACUCUCUGCCCUCUACAUCGACAUUAAUAUUGAAGUGGAUACAGCAGAGAGCGGCGUUCAGCAGCACCUGGAACCCGAGUGGAGGAGCGACCUGUGAGGGGAGGGAGCACAGACUUCCAUCCUGAUUCAUUUUGCAUCACAGUUGUCCUCAAUUCUCCAAAAAAGACUUAAUGGCACCUUUCCACAUAUCUCUACAGCACUUCUGAUACAAAAACAGUGUUCUAAAAUGUCUUUUUAAUAUCAGCUAUAUGAACUUGACCAAAGACAAUGAAGGAUAACUUGUUGUCAGCUCCCUGCGUGGACUGCACAAACACUGCUUGGCUUCAAAUGCUCCUUUUACCUGGUUAAAAUUGCAUCAGAUAAUUUGGAAACGUGAAUAUGCAGUUUUAAAUGAAUUUAUAUUGUUCCUAAAAAUGAAUUUUACCGACCAAAUACAUCAGUCUCAGGGUUAUUUAAUGUAUAGUGUUUGACUUUGCUCAAUCAUCACUGCUCUUUAAGAGUCGUGUCGUAUGUAUGUGUACUAUUGUGCAAUCCAACUUUUAUAAUUGGUAUUAACCAAAUUAAAAAUGUUUAUGCUCUAUUUUGAACUGUUUUGCAACUUUUGUUUGUAAAAUUAAAACUUUUUAAAAAUAUGA